AUGCGUGUGUGGGUCAAGAACCCGCAGGUCGGCCGCCGUCUGUACGUGCCGGCGACACUGGACGGUGAUGUCGUGCGUACCGACGGGCGUCCAUCCGUGGCUCUUCCGCUAUCCACGACAGCCACAUGGCCGCUCGAUGACGCCGAGGCCGACGCUCCGGAGGACCUCACGAGCUUGGCGCACGCUCACGAGCCCGCAGUGCUUGACGCGUUACAGCGGCGCUUCGAACUGGGCGAGCACGUGACGUUUGCCGGUCACUCGGUGCUUGUGGCACUCCGCCCAGCGAUCCCAAUGACGCAGCCGCCACGAGCUCUGCUUGCGCUCGUCGACGGCGCGCUGCAGCAGCUACGCACGCCGUUCGGGCGAAAGCACCAGACGAUCCUCAUCUCGGGCGACAGCGGCGCCGGCAAGUCGUCUAUCGCGCGCGCUGUCCUGGCUCACAUUGGCGAGGCCGUCGUGUCGCAGCGAGAGCGCGUGCUGCCGCUGACCGCGUCCCUCGUCGUCCUCGAGGCGUUUGGCUCCGCUCGCACGGCCGCGAAUGCGACGGCGUCCCGCUUUGGCAAGUCGACCAAAGUGCUCUUUGACGACGACGGCUGCCUCGUCGGGUGCGCGACCGAGUGCUACCUCGUCGACGCCGCGCGCAUCACGGCGUGUCCGGAAAGCGAGGGCACGUUUGAUGUUUUGCACCAGCUCGUGCACGAUCUCUCGCCGACGGAGAAGAUAUCGCUGCACUUGCUGCACCCUAUGUACGCAUUCGUCCCCACGGGCGCUCCCCAGGGCCGACUUCAGGACACGAGAGCGGCGCUCGAGGCUUGCGGUAUCGCUUGCGUCGACGGUAUUCUGCGUGUCCUCGCAGCCAUCUUGCUGCUCGGCAACCUUGCGUUGGAUGAUGGCGACGCGUGCCUGACGGACGUCGCGGCGAUCGAAACCCUCUUGGAGUUACCGAAAGGGUCGCUGGCGGUCGAGCUCAGACUCCAGACGCCACUUGCUGUCGCGCGGGAUGCGCUUGCGCAAGGCUUGUACAAGCACCUCGUUUUAAGCCUCGCGCGGCGGUUGAACCAAAAUCUGGGCCCGCCCAGUGCAACGUCGAGCACCAAGUCGAUUGAAGUGUGCGACCUCUUUGGCCUUGAUUUGGCGCCGUCGGCGACCCACGGACUCGUUCAGCUUUGCCGACACUACGCUAGCGAGAAGCUGCACCAGUUUUUCGUCCAAUUUACGUUCAAGCUCGAGCAGCGCAUUUACGCGGCCGAGAAGAUCGCAGCGCCGUCGCUCGACUUUCACGACAACCAAAGCGUGCUCGACCUCCUCGACAAGCAGCCGCAGUGCCUUUUGAGCAUCCUCGAACACACGUCAGCGCAGCGCCACGGAGCCGACUCGGCUGCCUUCAUCGCGGUAUCCAGCAACGGUCUCUACGAACUCGCACCCGAUCGUUUCAUCGUGCGGCACACGGGCGGCGACGUCGUCUACGACGCGAGGACGUUUGUCCGCGACAACAAGAAUGAUGUGCCCAAGAAUCUCGUCGCCAUCAUCCAGGCGUGCAUCGCCGCGGCGCUCAGCAGCCCCCUCGAGCCCGCACCGGCACCGGUGACGGUGGCCGGCAAAUUUAGCGCCGACAUUGAGCGGCUUUGCAUUUCACUGUGCCGCACCGAGCCCCACUUUAUCAAAUGCCUUCAGCCGUCGCGGACGCCUGGGACGUUCGAUGCGGUGGUCGUUGCUGAUCAGCUUCAGCGCCUCGGCAUUCUGGACGUCGUGCGACUUCGGCAGACGGGCUAUUGCUACCGCACGACCUUUCCCGAGUUUCUAAGCCAGUUUGCGUGUCUGGAACGCUUCCUCAAGCCCUUGGCGGUGCCGCCAACGGACCUGCGUCUGCGCUGCGAAGGGCUUCUCGACCGGCUCUGGCAACACGCAGAGAUGGCGUGUCUACCUCGCCCCGAGACGGUGCAGCUCGGGGACCGAUUCCUCUUUUUGCGCAAGGCAGGGAUCGACACGAUCGAGUCGAUGCAAGCGACGUUGCAAGCCGUCGUCGACCACGACGCGGCGCUACUGCAGAAACACUGGCGCGGCCACUUUGUCCGAGCGCGCUUCCACACGUUGCGUGCGGCUGUCAGGACGAUUGCGAUGACGUGGCGAGCGUACAAGCGACGUAACCAUCGCCCGAUACAGUCGCGCUACGAGGCGUGGAAGGCCCGACGUACACCGUCGGCGCGCAAGUCAGUACGUCGCAACUCCAAGCCGCCGAUUGCAGAUGAUGCGACGCACCUACCGUUGCCCGAGUCCCCAGUCGAUGCGGCGCCUGUGAUGCCGCUGCCAUCGACAAUGACCCUGCCGGUGGCUGAGCUCGGGUCAUUGGAGACAUCGACUCCGGGUAUCGCCGAGCCUCGGGCAGCUGCUUCCUCACCAAGCGUUGCUUCCUUACAACGUGUUGCAAGUCUUGCUUCGUCACCGAACGCGACUGUUACGGCGACGACAACUUCACUGAUCAUCGAGUCAUCGGCGCCACCGAGCCCCACGAUGCCGCCACUCAUGGCCCGGACCAAGUCGCUCGGUCCAUCGACGGAGUUAACUCUGGCAAUCGACUCUACGGUCGUUGUCGCGGCGUCGCCAAGUGCGCAGCGACCGCGGUCGUCCUCUCUUCCGCCUCUGCUCCUACUCGUGCUUGCUCUCCGGGUGCAAGCACUGUACCGAGGCUUUCGCGUGCGGCAAGACAUGGCCAUGGUGAUGCACAUUCUGAGCAUCAAGCGGCGCAUCCGCGUGACACUCGCCGCAGCGCAAAAGCUACAGUCGUGGACCCGCAUGCUCCGUGCGACUUCGUUCUUCCAGCGCGCUCGCCGCGCUGCGACCACCCUCCAGCGCUGGAGCCGACGUGUAGCACAACACAGAGCAGCGAUCAAGACACUGGCCAUGCGUCUCAAGAUUCAAGCAGCUGCCCGCGGUUUCCUCGUUCGCAACGAGCUGCACCGGGCGGCGCUCGACGCCAUGGCUGCCGAGACCUCCGCGCGCCUCCGCAGCGAAGUGGCCCGCGAAAGCAGUGCGCUCUCGCGACUGAAUGCAUCGCGCUGGUGCAAGCAGCCCGUCGCCCGCAACGUGGUUGUGGCAUUUGAAGCGACGGCCGACGUGUCGCGCAUUUACAAACCCUCGUGGGCAGCCCGGUGGGCCGACAUUGAGCGCACGUUGGGCAAGCCAGUCGUUGCCAUGGGUAUUGGCGAAGCCCACUCGAUGUUCUUGUCGGCGCAAGGUCAGCUCUUCAGCGUCGGCUGGAACGACAAGGGGCAACUGGGGGCGACCAAAGCCGGGGCCAUUCCUCGGACGCUGCUCGAGGCACCGGUGACGUCGCUUGCAGUCGGUCAAGACCAUGCGGUUGCCCUGUGUGCGAACGGGAGUGUCUACUCGUGGGGUGGCAACAAGCACGGCCAACUCGGCCUCGGGCAUCUCCAGGUGGCGUCGACGCCGACGCGCGUGUCCGUCUCGCAGCGGCGCGUUGUAGCCAUCGCAGUCGGUGGCGCCCACACGGUUGCCCUGCUCGAAACCGGCGCGCUCUACGGCUGGGGCCAUUCGAUGGGACGCCUGCCUCAAAAAGUGUCGCCGCCCACUCGCUUUGUUGCUGUCGCUGCCGGCAGCAGCUUCUCGGUCGCGCUUAGCGCUGGAGGCACGCUGUUUGCGUGGGGCGAAGGUACGCACGGCGAACUCGGCCUCGGCGACCAAAUGACUCGCGUUGCGACACCGACCGCAUUGGCCGUGUCGAUUGCAGCCAAGUCCGUCCUGGUGGCCUCUGUGAGCUGCGGCGCCCAGCAUGUGUUGGCACUUUCACGCUGCGGCCAUACGUUUGCGUGGGGUCACAACGCCAGAGGCCAGCUCGGGCUCGGGGACGUUCGUGAUCGCUUUGCGCCGACCAGGCUUCGUGCGCUGGACGGACUUGCGGUGACAUCGCUCACGGCAGGGCUACACGGCUCUGUCGCGGUCGUGACUGCGAAAGCAGCCGUGACUAUGUCGGUGGUAUACAUCUGGGGCGACCUCGGGUCUGUGGCCAUGGUGCCGAGCGAGAUUAUGGCGAACGGCGCUGCGGUCGUUCUGGGUGCGACCGACAAGAGACUGGCACCAACCAAGUUUUUGCAGACGCCGGCAGCCGACGUGCCGACGCAGGUGCACUGCGCGUGGUCGUCGAGUCUCUCGGUGGUUUGGAUGACGUUUGCGCCGCAUCAGACUUACACAGCACUCGUGCACGCGCCGCCAAAGUUUGUUCGUCCGCCAGAAACACCAGCACCACGACCAGCGCCCGUACCUCCCGUGUCGCCAAGUGCGUUGCCGCCGAGACUGGUCGAGCCCGUUCCAAUGUCGAAGCGCACGUCGAUCGCUCGGUUCUUGCAAAACCCAACGGCCGAGACGCUGCGCCAGUCGUCCCACGAGACGCGAGCAUCAAUGCGACCCAGCCACAUUGUCGUGCCCCGGAGCUCCAUGCGUCAAAGCCUCGUGGCACCGCCGCAGCGUCUCCCGUCCAAAACCUUCUUCUCCGCGAUCAAUCACUAGUCUCUCGUUAACUGCACUGAAUCGGAUGGAAACCAUUUGUCU